AUGUCCAACGUCUCAAGCGACCUCAUCUGGCAAAUCACCCGCGGCCAAAAUGCCUUCCUCGUGAAGCGCAACGACGCUGGCGGUGUCCAAUUCUCUCGCGACCCCUUGAACCCUACCAACUACCACUCUCGCAAGUACGCUGGAUUUGUCAACGAGAAGGCUAUUGGACUCGAGUCCUCGGAGAACGGUGGUGUCUCCCUGAUUGCGAAGAACGCCUCCAACACCCAGAACCCUGCUAAGAACAUCCGCACCACCACAUUCGGCCCUAACACAUCGAAUCGCAAGAUCUACAAGAGCGUCGCCAGCGCCUCUGCUAAGAACGGAUACCGUGCUGACUUGCGCGAGGUCGCCGUUGCUCGUGUCUCUGCCCUCCGCCGCUCCCAGAAGCCCAAGAAGGACGUCCCUGCUUCCAAGCCCAGAGGCGCCAAGGCCAAGAAGGCCGCCGAGCAGGAUUUUCUGAAAAUUGUUCUCGGCGCCUCUGGUGGCAUUGGCCAGCCUCUUUCCCUUCUCUUGAAAGCCAGCCCUCUCGUGGAUGAGCUCUCCCUCUACGAUGUCGUCAACACCCCCGGUGUUGCUGCUGAUCUCUCGCACAUUUCAAGCCCUGCUAAACUCCAAGGAUUCUUGCCUGCCGAUGACGGUCUCAAGAAGGCCCUCACUGGUGCUGACGUCGUUGUCAUCCCCGCCGGAAUUCCUCGCAAGCCUGGCAUGACCCGUGACGACCUGUUCAAGGUCAACGCUGGAAUUGUCCAGACCUUGGUCAAGGGCAUUGCUGAAUUCAGCCCCAAGGCCUUUGUGCUCAUCAUUUCCAACCCGGUCAACUCUACCGUGCCCAUCGCCGCCGAGGUCCUCAAGGCCGCCGGUGUUUUCGACCCCAAGCGCCUCUUCGGUGUUACCACCCUCGAUGUUGUGCGUGCCGAGACUUUCGUUCAAGAGUACAGCGGAGAGAAGGACCCCUCAAAGGCCACCAUCCCCGUUGUUGGUGGUCACUCUGGCGACACCAUUGUUCCCCUCUUCAGCCUGGCCAAGCCGGCUCUUCAAAUCCCUGCUGACAAAUACGACGCCCUGGUGAACCGUGUCCAAUUCGGUGGUGAUGAGGUUGUCAAGGCCAAGGACGGUGCUGGCUCCGCCACCCUCUCCAUGGCAUUUGCCGGAUUCAGAUUUGCCGAGAACGUGAUCAAGGCCCUCAAGGGUACCAAGAGCGAAACAGAGCCUACCUUUGUUUACCUGCCCGGUGUUCCAGGCGGUGACGCCAUCGCCAAGGCCACUGGCGUGGACUUUUUCUCUGUGCCUGUCGAGCUUGGACCUGACGGUGCGGCCAAAGCCAUCAAUGUGCUCGAAGGAGCCUCGGAACAAGAGAAGAAAUUGGUCGAAGUUGCCGUCAAGGGCCUCAAGACGAACAUUGAGAAGGGAGUUGACUUCGUCAAGAACCCCCCGCCAAAGUAA